GCUAAUGUGUUCAAUGCAUCACGUUGUGUGCUUACAUCCACUUGUCGGAUAGGAUCCGUAGUGUAAAGACAGACUGUGCCGUACGAGUACAGACCACCAUGAUGCUUCACGAUGUCGGAUAAUAUCAUAGUGGACUGGUUAAAAUCCGUCAGGUUGGAAUUAUACACGCAGGCGUUUUUAGAUAAUGGUUAUGAUGAGUUGGAAGUGUGUAAACAGAUUGGUGAAGCCGAUCUUGACGCUAUAGGGGUUCACAACGGGGUUCAUAGAGAAAUCUUACUUCAGGCUGUCACCAGACUCCGGGAAGAAGGUGGCACCUCAGUUUACUUUACGCUAGAAAAUACGGAUGUACCGCGAAAGUGUGUGAAAAAUGGUUCGGAACAAAAUAAAAGUGUUAAAUUGGGAACGAGGAGUUCGUCCUCCCGUCGUGGUCUCCCAAAGACUGGAGAGGACGUUCCCUACAAAACUCUGGAACAGCUGAGGAAGUGUAUCGGGGACAAAUUGGUCAAGGAUGGCAUUGACCUCGCCUGUCCUCCCUACAUCAAACCGGACAACUCGGCAUGCCAUAGCAGUCUGGCUGCCCUUGCGGUCAAAUAUACUGAUCAACUGAAAGGCUCAAAUCUCCAGGAUGUGUACCGAUGCCUGGAGGAGCUAUCUCUUUGGCGAAUCAAUGGCCCUCAUCACUAUUACUCAACGGUCAUGCAGCCUGUACAGGCAGGGGCCAUGUUGAACAGUCACUCAUCCUACGCCAGCUCCAACCAGGGUCCACCACAUCUAUCGUCUAUUAGUGGCCAUUCUCCCUAUGCAAGUUCAAGCCAGGGACCACAUCAUCCCACGUCCCAGGGACCACAUCAUCCGAUGUCCCAGGGACCACAUCAUCCCACGUCCCAGGGACCACAUCAUCCCACGUCCCAGGGACCACAUCAUCCCACGUCCCUCUGUGGCCACUCUCCCUAUGCUAGAACUGGUCAUUCUCAGUAUGCUGGAUCUUGUCAAGCUGGACACUCAUCUUAUCCAAGUUCUGUUCAGUCUGGACAGUCGACCUGCUCCAGUUCCGGUCAGGUUAGCCAGUCACCGUAUUCCAGUGCUGGCAAGACAUGUAACUCGCCCUAUGCUAGCUCGAACCAGACUCCAAACCAGACUCCAGUGCACACUGCUACCUACCCUGUAUAUGCCAGCUCAGGCCAGGCCUGUACUGUCUCCCAACCUGUGUAUGGUAGUCCAGGCACACAGCCACCACCCAUACCCUCCUCACUCCCGCCUGCUACAAGUCAUGUUGAGAAAAACAUUGACCUUCACAGUGUCCAUACAAGAUACAUCUAUGACAACACAGGCUUCCAGGCAGAGCGUGGCUGUGAGGAUUUAGAUGGCAAAGAUGAUGAUAAAAAGAAGUCUUCCACUUUGGGUCGAUUCUUCCGGAAUAUUGGAUUGCGACGAUCUGGAAAGAAGCACUCAUACAAACCACAUAAAGGGGACCCAAACGCUUACGACAUAACAAUGGACGAUGACGACCGCAUGGCACUAAUGUUGAUGGUCAAAGAGGGCAAGAUUACAACAGAGCAUGCCCUGCAAGUGGUCAGUGGAAAUUGGCCGGACGGCACAAUUGUGAAAAAAUAUGAGGAAGAAAGGCGCAAAGAUCUUGAACAGAGGGAGAAGGCCUUGAAAAAGAAGAAGAAACUGAUUAAACCUGUCAAGUCCCCAUCAGCUACUUACACUGGGUCAGUUCCUCGGUGUGAUGUAUGCUCAGGCUUCAAAAGUUCCCCACAUGACCUUGGCUACCCGAUGGGAAAUGUUUGUGUGGACCCCACUCACCAGAUGGAGUAUAGCCAGCACCGUCGUGUACACAGUGUUGGUCAUAUUGACCAUGCCUACUCCUCCCGCUCCCCUGAGGGCACACGCUCACUUAACUGUACACCUACCCACUGUGCUAUGAGUCGGUCGUCAGCCGUCAGUACUCCUGUCAGUUUUUACUCACCUGGUCACCAUCCCAAAUUAUACUCCCCUGUUUUCCCACAGGACCCACGCCUUUCCCACUACCAAUGUCGAUCCUGUAGCCACCACCAGCAUACCCCCGCAGGGGGAGUCCCUGGUCGCUGUCAUACAGCCCUUGGCGUGCGGGUCAGUCGAAGUGGUUCAUCACCUGGUGUGACGCGGGAGGAUCUGUCACCUGGUGGGGAGGCCAGUCGGUCAGGAUCGUGUGUCGACCAUUCCCCCUCCACUACCUCGUUUGAUCUAGUGUCGUCCGAGUCUGAACACUCUAUUGACUGCCAAUCACAUGGCCAUACCCCUCACAACCACAUGGUCAAUCACAGGGAGAGUGGUCACUACCUCAGUAAUACUGGUGCAACAAACCCUGGAGACAGGAACAAGUCACCCCACGGAGUGUGGCAGAAAACUGUCGCCAAUCGGGACACAAAUAGCCGAAAUCAUGUCAAGGAAAGUUUGGUGGUAGGAGCCUCCCCAAAGUCUGCUAGCUCUGACAGUAACCACAGUGCUGAUUCCAGUGGUUUGUGUAGUUACCGUAGUACCAGCCCCAAUACAGGCCAGACCGUGGUGUCGGCGGAGGAGGUCUCUGGGUGUGGUCAGGUGUCCUAUGUCCAGGCUCACAGUGACUUUGUCCCAACCUCCAAGAGUAGGGACGCCCUCACACUACAGAAAGGGGAUGUCAUCCGUGUUCUGUACAAGCCUCCUGGAGACCUGUGGAGAGGAGUACUCAAGGGCCAGACAGGGUGGUUCAGAGUAUCAUGUGUAGAACCUCUGUACACGGGAGAAACAGCUCUGGAGCCUUGGCUUGACCAGCGUUCAAACAAACCUAAAACUGUACAAGAGGUGCUGCGUGUCAUAGGUUUGGAGAGUCUGGAGACAGUGUUUAUUCAGAAUGGAUUUGAUGAGUUGGACUGUUUUGCAAAUGUUGAAGAAGAGGACCUUGAUGUAUUGGGGAUAUUUGACCCACUCAUCAGAACUAAACUGUUGAGUACAGCUGACCUCAUCAAAAACACACAAGACACACCAACAUUACAGUGGAAGGUCCACCAGGGUAGGGCUGGACCCCCUGUAGCAUUCAUUAACAAAGAAUACCGACAUGGUACAUCUUAUGCUCCUAGUCAGGAUUCAGGCUGUUAUGCAAGCUUUGAGCAUCUGGCUCAUCGGGAUGCCUACCCAACUUCGAGUGAGCUGAAACAGCAGUAUGGUUUACAUUCCAACAAAGGCAACACCUCCCCAGGGGUCAGGGCGGGUCCUCCGCGGUCCCAACGAGGGCACUCAGGUGUGGGCAGCUCAGGAAAUUCUGAGGACUUAGAUAGGAGUGAUAAGGAAUAUACAGCUGAGGAUCGUGAGGUCAGCGAGAUCACCAAUAGUGUGGAUUGUACGGCCCCAACCAAUGAUCUGUCAAGACUUUCUGGUGAUAUGGUCAUCAUGUGUAACUUUGCGGGAACGCAAACUUCUCCUACGUAUGGGAAAGCCAACUGUGAUAAUUUAGCCAAUAACCUAUCCUCACCCAAAGCUCACAUGCGCCAAAGUAGCAGCAUCAAUAGUGAUUUUGUGUCUUCUAGUCAAUCCCAGCAGGGAAGCAUGUGUUCUCCAUUACAUAGUACACAACCGUUUCCACGUAAGUGUGCUCCCAGACAGGACUGGAACUUACGAGAUGUUCAGGUCCAAGUGAUGUGUCCUUUAGGAAGCCUGAAUCUAAAUGCUGAUAGUGUACCAGAUAAUGAUGGGGUGACUCCACACCCAACACACAUUACACCUCCCUCCUCUCUAGUGCUCCGUAAUCCCCAGGGGCGUAACUCUCAUGAGCCUGCGGGGUAUCGCAGUGCGUCCCGCCUGGAUGACGGAGAUUACCAAAGCGUAGGUCAGUUAUCACGGAGAUCCAUGUCUGCAGAUAGGGCUAGUGUCAAGGGAGCCAAACCAGAGGACCCGCCCGAGUAUAGAACGGUGAUGCGCUCUCUCCUGAAUCUCAUCACAUCCAAGCUGCUGUCAGAAAACAUAGAUCUUGCCUUAGAGCCGUAUUCUACAAAGACAGGAGAGUGUGGAAUUCCUCCACUAUUGGUCCAGCGGUAUGCAGACGAGCUGAGACAGGACCUAGUCAGCGUGGCUCUGGUGGUAGAUCAAGUCCGUGUCCAACAGCUGUGUAGCCGGCACCGACCAGCGUUGCUGUCACGUGAUUUGCCUGACUCUGCUGCGAAGGCUUGUGAGAUAAAGAUUUCUUCAAUACCAGAAUUUUUCAUAUCCAUUGGCCUUCCGAUGUAUACCAAUAUGUUCGUGGAGGAGAAACUCACUGCCAUGGAGGAUUUACUUCAGCUCAAUUUUGAGGACAUACGUGAUAUCACUCGCACACAUGCAAAACAUGUUAAACGAAUCUCACAUGCACUUGAUUGGGUACGGACACGUAUUUCAACACUGAGAAAGACAAGCAACAAGGACGCAGCUGUGAUGGAUAGGGUGUAGGAUAAACAGCCAAAUGUGUUCAUGUGAGGUUCAACAUCUGUUCAUGUGAGGUUCAACAUCUGUUCAUGUGAGGUUCAACAUCUGUUCAUGUGAGGUUCAACAUCUGUUCAUGUGAGGUUCAACAUCUGUUCAUGUGAGGAUGAUCUGCCAGUUCAUCUGUUCAUGCGAGGAUAAUCUUCAAUUCAUAAUGGGAUGAACUUUUUUUCAUUUGUUCAUGAUGAUGAAAAUCCCAUGGUAUCUAGUUGAUCUGACCAGCUGUGUGAUGUGUAGUCUGUGUCUGCUCAUUUCACCUGUGUACUAUUCAGAGGAGUAUGUGUGAUGCUUUCCUACUUCUUUAUACAACUUCUUUGUGGUAGAAUUUUAAAGUUUUAAUCUCUUACAAUUAAAAUUGAAUGGAUCUUAGAUGUUUUUUCUGGGGCUGAAAUGAAGCAUUUUUAUGUCACCCGAGUCUCAUUUAACCUACUCCGCUCACUUUUUGUCCGGCAUUGUGCAUCAAAAACAAUUUACAUUUUCGACUUCUUCUCCAAAACUGCUGAACCAAAUUCAAUGAAAUUUGGCAGGAAGCUUCAAUGACCAAAGUUCAGCCGAAAUUGUGAAUUACAUGUAUAUGGUCCCUUCCUAACCCCUAGUAGCCUGAGGGGUGGGGCCAAAAAGAGUCAAAUUGAGUAAAAUUUCAAAAAUCUUCUCAACUUCCAGAUGUAUUGGAAUCAAAUAUUCUUCAUAAAUAGAGAGGUCUUUAGGUCCUUUACCAAAAUUGUAUGUUCAUAUUGGCACUGAUUGACCCCCAGGGACUUAAAGGGCCAAAAAGGGGGAGGAGAUAAACCUUACUAUAGUUUAUAUAGGGAAAUCACAUUUUUGACUAUCAUUUGUUUGGUUUUUAUUGGAAUUCAUUCUAACUUGAUCAGUAUUAUAAUCAACAUGGGAUGACAGCUUGAUAGCGUACAUGUUGGUCCUGACUGACCUGCAGAUGCUUAUGGGCAGGCCAUAAAGG